AUGAGCCGCCGUGACCGCGACCCCGUGGCCCCAGGGCGGCUGGCGGCGGCGGCGGCAGCGCGGGGCGCGGAGCGGGAGGAACUGGCGGCGCUGAACGAUCGUUUCGCCGCUUUCCUGGAGCGGGUGCGGGAGCUGGAGCGGCAGAACGGGACCCUCCGCGCCGCCCUGGGCCGCGCCACCGCCGCCACCGGGCCCCGCACCGGGCUGGUGCAGGGAGAGCUGCGGGGGCUGCGGGAGCGGCUGCAGCGCCUCGGCCGCGACCGGGACCGGCUCCAAGCUGAGCGGGACGGGCUCGCCACCGACCUGGCGGCCCUGCGGCAGCGRCUGGAGGACGAGACACAGAAGCGCGAGGAUGCCGAGAAGAGCCUGGUGCUGUUCCGCAAGGACGUGGACCACGCCACGCUGUCCCGCCUGGAGCUGGAGCGCAAGGUCGAGCUGCUGAUGGACGAGAUCGGCUUCCUCAAGAAGCUGCACGAGGAGGAGCUGCGGGACCUGGAGGUGAGCGCCCCGAGCCCGGCGGGGCUGGCCGAGGUGGAGGUUUGCAAACCGGAGCUGACGGCGGCGCUGCGUGAGAUCCGCACCCAGUACGAGAGCAUCGCCGUCAAAAACCUGCAGGAAGCCGAGGAGUGGUACAAGUCAAAGUUUGCCGACCUCUCGGAUGCGGCAAACCGCAACCACGARGCGCUGCGGCUGGCCAAGCAGGAGAUGAACGAGUCGCGGCGGCARAUUCAGAGCCUGACCUGCGAGGUGGACGGGCUGAAGGGCGUGAACGAGGCGCUGCAACGGCAGAUGCGGGAGAUGGAGGAAGAGUUCGGGGAAGAGAUCGGGAACUACCAGGACGUGGUGGGGAGGCUGGAGCAGGAGAUCCAGCAGAUGAAGGAGGAGAUGUCGCGGCACCUGCGCGAGUACCAGGACCUGCUUAACGUCAAGAUGGCCCUGGACAUCGAGAUUGCCACGUACCGCAAGCUGCUGGAGGGCGAGGAGAGCCGGAUCACCAUCCCGCUGCACCCCACAACCUCCUUCAGCAUGAGGAGCUCAGUGCUGGAACCCCAACCCGUGGAGAGCCCAGCACGGAGGAUGGUGCUCAUCAAAACCAUCGAGACUCGGGAUGGGCAGCAAGUGGUGACGGAGUCGCACAAGGAGCGAGCGGGGAAAUGACAGAGGGGAACCGCCGUGAUGGCCCCGACCCUGUGGUGGGGUUUUGCCAGACCCUGCUGAGUCCCGUGCGGG